AUGUCAGACACCAAACCGUCCGUUCUUAUCAUCGGUGGAGGCGCCUUUGGCUGCUCCACUGCGUACCAUCUUGCCUGCCGUGGUUACGACUCAGUGCGCGUCCUCGACCGCUUCGAGGCGCCAUCUCAUGAUGCAGCAUCGACGGAUCUCAACAAAGUCGUCCGCGCAGACUAUCCUGACGCCAUUUAUGGCCGCCUGGGUCUCGAAGCUAUGAAAGUUUGGGAGUCCAAGACUUCCUUCUUGAAGAAUUUGUAUCGAAAGUGCGGCUGGAUCCGUUCAGCUUCGCCGCAGGAUACGGCCUGGCUAAAGGCGGCAUACAAGACAGGUCGAGACCUGGGCUUCACCCAGUCCAAAUGGAUGAAAGGCGAGGAAAUCCGAUCGGCCUGGCCGGAGAUCUCAGGACAGCUAGGAGACUGGGAGAAUCUCUGGAAUCCUGAGGCUGGAUGGGUCCCAUCCGCUCAAGCCCUUGUCAGCAUGACAAACGCGGCGCGUAAGGAAGGCGUCGAGUUUACGAGUGGGUUAGAUGGGGAUGUUCGAAAGCUCCUAUAUGAUGAUAGCCACAAAUGCGUGGGCGCCCUCAGCAGAAGCGGGAAAGCCCAUUUCGCUGACACCAUCAUCGUAUCGACAGGCGCAUUUCUACCGGAAUUGCUUGAAGCCAAGGAAGAAUCGAUCGCAGUGGCAGGAUGCGUAGGCAUCCUAAAACUUACGCCAGCUGAGAUGGAGACUUACAAAAAUAUGCCCAUUGUUGAUGAGGCUGUUGGAGGUCUUCUUUUCCCGCCAGACGAGCAUGGCAUGCUGAAAAUCGUGACCAAUCGCGGUAUCACCAAUUAUGCGUACUCUCCGGUCAAGGGUGCCUCAGUCACCCAUGGCUUUAAUGCUCACCCCGCCGAUGGCAUCCCAAUAGAGAUGGAGAAGCGGCUGAGAGACUUUCUUCGUGAAGUUCUACCUGAGCUGGCAGAGAGGGAAUUUUUCACCACCCGCAUGUGCUGGGAUUCCUCGACUAAGGACUACCACUACCGCAUCUGUCCAUUUCCAGAGACAAAAAAUCUUUAUGUUGCUACCUGUGGUGCAACACACGGAUUCAAAAUGAUGCCUGUCAUUGGCAAGUACGUAGUUGAUAUGCUAGAGGAUAAGCUUCCUGACCACCUGGUUGCGGCGUGGAGCUGGAAGAGUGGAAAGGCUCCUGAGGGUGAGAUGCUUUACCCUCACCCCCAAGACCACGAUGAUCUUGGAGAUCUCACUGGGUGGAAGAGGUCAAACCGGAACUUAUCACCACCCUCUCGUGCAUUGAGGGCGAACUUGUAA